AUGCUAUGCAAUGAAAGUGACGAACAACGACAAAUGCGCCGUAUUGCAUUUGUUGCCAUUGUUGUAUCGACUGUAGCUGUCAUUGCAAGUGUGCUAACACUACCAAUGCUUUACGGAUAUGUGCAAUCCUUAGAAAGUCACCUUAUAGUUGAAGCUGAUUACUGUAAGUCGAGAUGGCGUGAUAUGUGGUAUGAAAUGAGGGCACUUCAAGUUGGUGAAAGGCAACGAUCAAGUCGCAUGAAGCGAGGAUGGCUUUUUGGACAAUGGGUACCUGAAGGAUCGCUGACAGAUGGACGACGGGCAAGCAAUGCAUAUGGCGGGUAUGGCGCGUCUGGAACACAAAGUCCUAUCAUCAAUAGUGAUCCGAAUUUACUGAAUUUAUGUUGCACAUGUCAUCAGGGACCCCCAGGACCGCCAGGACCAAGAGGUGAUCCAGGAGAAGACGGAAAAGAUGGACCUAGAGGAAGGGAUGGCAAAAACGGUAAAGAUGGAAUUGUGGUACCGGCUGAGCAGAAAGAGCCAUGCAUAGUUUGUCCUCGAGGUCCACAAGGUCCUCCCGGACCAAUUGGACCUAAGGGACCUCCUGGACCAAAAGGUUCACCGGGAGAAAAUGGUGCAAAUGGCGAAAAAGGCGAAGAUGGACUACCUGGUCAGCCGGGAAUAAUGGGUAGAGCAGGCCAUCCAGGUCCUCCGGGUCCUCGUGGCAUACCUGGUCGUGUUAUAUACAUAGUAGGGCCACAAGGACCCACUGGACCUAAAGGUAAGAAAGGUGAACGCGGGCCACCUGGUCCUCCAGGUCCAGAUGGCGUAUCUUAUGCAGGACCUCCUGGAGAACGCGGUGACCCUGGAAGAAAUGGAAUAGAGGGUCGUCCUGGUCCUCCUGGACCACCAGGACCAAAAGGUCCAGCUGGGGCAAAGGGAAGUUGUGAUCACUGUCCUGGUAAGUGUGUUCAUUGA